GACUAAACACACACGACCACUGACCCUGCCCACGUUCGCUGUUAUAUCCAAAAGUCUCGUUCUAGCUCCUUUCUACUGACCUCACCCAUCUAUCCUUUCCUCCUCCUCCUCCUCCUCCUCAGCAGCCAUGGGAGCUCUCUCUCAAUUCUUCUCCCACCUCUACACCAUCUCCAUCAUCUUCUUCACUCUCUUCGCCCUCGAAGUCGUCAUCCUCGUCCGCUCCAUCACCGGCCUGAAACCCAACUCGGAGAAACGCGUCAUCACCACCGCACAGUACCUGAAGCUCAUCGACCAGAAGAACCCCACAGUUUCCUACUCCAAGAAGAAGAAGCUGAGGGCUCACGAGGACUGCUCGGUGUGCUUGUCGGAGUUCGAAGAGGGCGACAAGAUUAGGCAGCUGAAAUGCAAGCACAGGUUUCACAAGGACUGCGUUGAUAAGUGGUUGCAGCAGUACUGGGCCACGUGUCCACUUUGCAGGACGAAGGUGCUGUCGGAGGACGUGGUGGCGAGUUAUCACCGACUGAGAAAUCAAGUGGAGUAUGAUGGCAGCGAUGAGGAGCUAAUCUUCUUGUUAUCUUCGUUGCAGGGUAACAAUUUCCAUAGAUUCUUCUAACUUUGUCGUUUGUAAUAAUUCUUUUCCCCUAGAUAUAUAUUAAAAAACCAUAUAUAAUUUUCUGUUCUUUUUUUAUUGUUAAUGUAGAAGAAUUUUUCUUCCGUAGAAUUUUUUUUUCCCCCUUUCCCUUAUGUAGCUUUCUAGCACAUAAUGUACAUAUAGUGAAGGAUAAUCUGAGAGAGCUGCACAGAAAUAUUUAGUCUACUGGCAUAUAUCUCCCUUCGUAAGUGAGAGGUUGUCAGUUUGACUCACAUAAAAUUAGUUGUAGUUCUCAAUUAUGGAUGUAAUGAAAAAAAUUAUGUAUAGAUUAAGUGCUUUCAUUUGGCCAA